AUGUCGACUCUUGAUCCACAUUUUAGUUUCCACAUUUAUCCUCGCUUCUAUCCUUUUCUUCAACUACCACCACCCAACCACCUGCUACCUAUCGCACUUAUCUCAUCUAACCUCUCUUCCCCCACCCCCAUCACAAUGACCCAAUCGCGUGAAGACUCCGUCUACCUCGCCAAGCUCGCCGAGCAGGCUGAGCGUUAUGAGGAAAUGGUCGAGAACAUGAAGCGUGUUGCUUCGUCCGACCAGGAACUAACUGUUGAGGAGCGUAAUCUUCUUUCUGUCGCGUACAAGAACGUCAUUGGCGCGCGUCGUGCGUCGUGGAGAAUCGUUUCCUCGAUCGAGCAGAAGGAGGAGUCUAAGGGGAACGAGGUGCAAGUCCAGAUGAUCAAGGGUUACAGAGAGAAGAUUGAGAGCGAGCUCGCAAAAAUUUGCGAGGAUAUCCUUGAUGUUCUCGACAAGCACUUAAUCCCGUCGGCCGCUUCCGGCGAGUCGAAGGUCUUCUACCACAAGAUGAUGGGUGACUACCACCGUUAUCUUGCCGAGUUCGCCACUGGAGACAAGCGGAAGGACAGUGCAGACAAGUCGCUAGAAGCGUACAAGGCUGCAUCUGACGUCGCUGUCACUGAACUUCCCCCCACACACCCGAUCCGUCUCGGGCUUGCCCUCAAUUUCUCUGUCUUCUACUACGAGAUCCUCAACAGCCCGGAUCGUGCGUGUCACCUGGCGAAGCAGGCAUUUGACGACGCUAUCGCUGAGCUCGACACCCUCUCGGAGGAGAGCUACAAGGACUCGACUCUCAUCAUGCAGCUGCUCAGAGACAACCUGACACUCUGGACGUCCGACAUGCAGGAGUCGGACAAGCCUGCGGACAAGGAUGAGGCAGGUGAUGCUGCUGCGGAGGAGGGCGCUUAG